AGUGAAAAUAAAGUCCAUUGGAAACUUUAAGUGUACAACAUUUUUGAUUUCGAAACAAUUUGUGUUGUACAACCUAUCGUUCGGGUCUUAAUGCAGGUAUUAGUUUAUACCUGUCCACCAACUGCUGUCGUCGAUGUGUUUGAGUCAUCAAACAUAAUAUGUUGCUUCGGCAAGAGCGAAGAGCAUAAUACAAGUGAGAAAGCUCAAAUGGUGUAUAGAAGGUUUAUUCUGUUGCGACUGUUGGAACUUGACUCUCAUCGUACCUUUGUGCCAUUCAGCAGCACUCCGAACCUCACUCCAAACUAAUAUGACUGGUUUACCUGCUAGCGCAAGGCAAGCUCACUUGAGACUAACCUUUUAGUAUAGUGUUGUGCAGUGAGUGGAAUAGUCGUAUGGUUUCCGAUCGUUACACGGUUCGUUCAGUUGGUUCGAAGUUGUUUUCAAAUUGUUGGUCUCGUUGUGCCACCUCCCUCAGAAAAUGGCACACCAGCAACUGGAAAGCACGGUUUGCAAAUGCAUGGAUUAGGCGGGGGUCCACCAGAUCCAUUCUUCAUUUUGUUUGUAGCAUACCAGAAUCAUCAACUGGCUCUGGAGCAACUUCACGCAUUCGAAUUGUAAAUUGUUCGGGGCAUUAUGCGCCCGAUGCCAAAUAGUUAGUUAUGUUAGUAACGGUGACUGGUGGCGAAAUUUAGGAGAAUAGAAAAUGAGCAAUUGACCAAUCUAUUAGUUAGCUUCUUCAGUGACCAGUGGGUGGUUGCAUUGUUAGGAGUGGAGCCUAUUUACGCGUGUUUGAAUCUUCAGCAGCCACACGCUGAUGGGCUGGUAGCAAUUAUCCAAUUCUUGCGCUAUGGUAUUGUUUGCAAAUUCGAUUCAACCUUUCUAUCAGUUCGUAAAUUAGUCAGUGUUGGGUUGGUACAGCAUCCAAGGUAUUGACGUUGGGAGAAGAUUGCAGGAAACCCACUUAGCGAUCAGAAUACCACCAAGUGAUCACAUCGAGGGUAAUGCGUCUCUGCGGUUCGAAAACAGUGUGGUUAACUGUAAAAACUGCCAUUGAUAGUGCGGUAUGAGAAACUUUAAUCUUAGAAUAUAUGACGGCAUACUAAAAGUUUACUGAAAUGAUAUAAUGCGUUGGUUUUUUAUUCACAUGAAAUGAAUAUACCUUUAUGCCAAAAAAUCGAAAGUCUACCAAACACAUUAAGGCAGUUCAAGCUGGAAAGAAGAGUGACUCAAGCGAAAAAAGUGGAUAAACAAAUAACUUCAAAAGGGAGACUCGAAAAAAUGUGAUCUCAAUUUUGACAUCUCUGUGCAAGGCUGUAGAGUGCGUUCGCUGGAAGAUUAAUCAUAAUUCAGAGUGUGCCCUGCACAAGUGUAGGUUAGUGCCGUGCUCGAGAGCUGUGUGUUAAAAAAAAUCACACGAGUUGAGUUGAGUUGAUCAACGAUCGCUCGAAACCAUUGCAAACGCCGAUCAGCAUGAACUGAAACCGGGUCAACAUGAACGCAAUGGCAACGACAAAUCGUAACCGUAAAAAUAUUCUCACCCUGAAUGGUACCGGUGGCAUAACCGGAGUUCACCUGCAUCAUAAUCACCAUAACCAUCAUCAUCAGCAGCAGCAACAGCAGCAGUUGGCGCAACCGCAGCAUCCGGUUCAGGAUGGAGCUGGUACGAUACAAACAGAAGGACUUCCCAAACCGUUCGUGUCCGCUAUGCGCACGUUGUUUGAUAUAAUGGACGAUCAAAAAACCGGUUUCGUCAAGUUGUCCGACAUCGAAAAUCGUUGGCAGGACGACGGCUCCAAAGGUCUGCCACGGGGAGUAAUUGAUAGUUUGCGUAAGGUAACGCCUCCGAAUGGGUUGCUUUCAUUUGAUCGUUUCUGCAACGGAUUAAAAAUCUGCUUGCUUCGCAAUCAAACUGAGUCCAAAAGAACCAGUAGACUCUCGACAGAUUCGGAAAAAUUGCCCCUUUCCCCGACGAAACUUUCCGUUCGUCCACCAUCGGCACCACUGUUGGAUUUAGAUACCAUUACGAAACCCUCGUGGAAUAGCAACAGUACCAAUACGGCAACUGUUCGGCCCAACAACGCGAUGCCAGUCUUGAAAACACUCAGUAUGCCCCAGCUAAGUCCGGAUAAUGACCUAGAUCUGGUUCUGGAGUCUCCACCAAUCAUCUUACCAGGGGCGUUCGGUCCACCUAAACCGCCUCGAGUGGCACUGAAUCUUGAGCGGUCUCAGCAAAGCUCCAACAUCGAUAAGGCGGAAAUUCGCAACGCACUCCAGAACUGGCAAAUGUCUUUACUCAUGAACGAAUCAGACAAAACACUCCGUCCGACACGCGGACCUGCUGACGGUCAAAUUGAUCUCUCGAAUACAAGUUCAUCACCCUUGUUGGGUGUGCACACAACCGGUCUGUACCAGAAAAAAGUUAGUGGAAGCGGUGGAAGCAGCAACCGACGACGGGAACCGCGAAGACACACGCUGCAGAACGGCGUCGAUUACAAUAUGCUCAAACGACUGAAGCAGAUUGAACAGGAGAAAGAUAUCCUGCUGCAGGGACUGACGGCGGUGGAGAAAGCUCGCGACUGGUAUCUGAAGCAGCUGUCGAUUGUGCAGGACAAAAUCAAAUAUCUCGGACAAUCCGGGACGCACAUGGAAACCUGGACCGAGGCUCACCAGGAACGGUUAGACCUCCAGCGAGCACGUGUUUUCGAGGUGAACCGUCAUCUGAUGACACUGGCUGAAAGCUGGGAACGUGGCGGUUUUCCAAUACACAUGAAUCUUGCGCUCCGUCCACCUGGUGCGAUGCGCUUCCAUGACUCGCAUCAACGUGGCCAAGUUCAAUCCCAGACAGCAGCAGGCACUUCGGGCGGUGGGCAGUCGCAUCAGCAGACGGAACUAGUUCAACGGUUACAGCAACAAAACGUGCAACUAGCAGAGGAAGUUAACCAGAAGAACGAGAAGCUUUCACUGUUGGAGCGAGAAAAGUCAUCGCUGAUAAGGGAACUGCUGCAACUGCAGAGAGCCAACCGUGCCAACAGUAUGACCUCAAAUACGGACGAGAUGGUUUUUUAACGGAAACAGGAGUAACAGAAAUAGGAUCUUAUAUUUGCCAUCGUAGAUUUCGUAUGUGUUUUUAUUCGAGUUACAAUCGCGCUAGUCAGUAGCAGAUUUUUUAAUAAAAAAAAUGAAUUAAAUCAAAAAUUGAAACGACGAGAAUUACUGUUCUGUAGUUUAUCGAGAGCUGUUUUGUAACGAUGUUGCAUGCAUUUAUGUAUUGUUGUCAUAGAAUAAAUGAUAUGUAGUACAUUAAAAUGAGCAUUCCAUUGGCAUUGGGGCAAUACUCCCAUCCAAUAAAUUAUGGAUCGUUAUCUAGUUUAGUUUCGAUUGUAUCAUAAACCAUGUGAAUCCACUACGGAAGGGAGAGUCUCUAUAAAGCCUACGAAGAGGGAGGCUGAUUGACAAAAAAGUAGAUGAAACAAUUCGAGAAAAUAUCGACUGUUGCAAAACUAAACACUUGCGAAUAAUAUAUCCUCGAACCAGAACUAGAACCUUCCAAAGCCUAAAACUGUUUUGUUUAUUUAACUACUGUGAUUAUGCAAUGAACACAUCGCGCCAUACAUGCAUACUUUGCAAGACCGUUGUGCUGUUAUUUUUGCCUUAUUUUGGGCCUUAUUUCGCAAGUAACCAUCCUCAAACCAUCUCCGAAGAAGAUAUUAUGCAAAAAGACGGUGUCAUAUUUUAUCGAGCCAUCUGACCGAUGAUAUA